AUGUGGAUAUGCAAGGUGAUCGAGCACAUCAUAUACCAGCAAGUAAUGAACCACCUGAACCAAAACAACAUCCUGGUCAACUAUCAACACGGCUUCCGGAAAGGUCACUCUUGUGAGAGGCAGCUUCUCCAAACAGUGGAUGAGAUCUCCAGAGCCAUGGACAACAGGAAGCAGGUCAACGUUAUGAUUCUGGAUUUCUCUAAAGCGUUCGACACCGUGCCACAUAGACGACUGUUGGAGAAGUUGUCCCACUAUGGGAUACAGCAGGAAACCCAUGGAUGGAUACAACACUGGCUUAUACCCAGAGAUCGCAGAGAGGUAUACUUGAUGGAGAAUCGUCAGCUGAAGUCCCAGUAG